UGCUCCCUCCCCUCCCCGCACAUGCGCAGUGCUUGAAGCGGGCCGAGCCUGCUCCCUCCUUCGCCUUGCUCGCUCCUGCUCCCUUCCUCCUCCUCCUCUUCCUCCUCCUUCCUUCCUGGCGGCCGGGGCGCCACUGACAAGACCGGGGCGGAAAAGGAGGUCGCCGCCGAGAGAAGAAGGAGCACCGACGACGAAGCAGCAGCAGCAGCAGCAGCAGCACCCCCGCCGCCGCCGCCGCUUGCUCCACCCCUCCACCAUCUUCUUUCUCCACACAAGCCGGCAAAGGGGAGGGGGCCCGAGACCCCUCCUCUGGCGUGGCGAAGCUCCUGUGUUUUGUUUUACCUCACGAAGGAGAAACAAACGAACCGCCACACCGACCCCCCCCCCCCCCUCACACACACACAGGCGCCGGUGGAUGGGAGCGGCCUCGGAGGCUCGGAUGGAAUGAAUUUUCUUUGUUGAAUGCAUCGGUUCACUUGCUGGAGUUUACGUUCAGAGACGUCUUGUCCUUUGGGUUGGAGCCACUUGGUGGCAGACUGAAUUGUGGAUCCCAGAAUCACUAAGCUGCUUGACAAGGACGAGACGACAGCUGAAUCACGUUAACCUGACAUCACAGCCACAAUGGUGCUGUCACAGAGGCAACGAGAUGAGCUAAAUCGAGCAAUAGCAGAUUACCUUCGUUCUAAUGGCUAUGAAGAGGCAUAUUCUGUUUUUAAAAAGGAAGCAGAGCUUGAUGUGAAUGAAGAGUUAGAUAAGAAGUAUGCUGGCCUCUUGGAAAAAAAAUGGACAUCAGUUAUAAGAUUACAAAAGAAGGUUAUGGAAUUAGAAUCCAAACUAAAUGAAGCUAAGGAAGAAUUUACAUCAGGUGGGCCUCUUGGUCAGAAGCGAGACCCUAAAGAAUGGAUCCCUCGUCCUCCUGAAAAGUAUGCAUUGAGUGGGCACAGGAGUCCUGUCACGAGAGUAAUUUUCCAUCCAGUUUUCAGUGUUAUGGUCUCUGCUUCAGAGGAUGCCACAAUAAAGGUAUGGGAUUAUGAGACAGGUGAUUUUGAGCGAACCCUGAAGGGCCACACAGACUCUGUGCAGGAUAUUUCCUUUGACCACAGUGGCAAGCAGUUGGCCUCCUGCUCUGCAGAUAUGACCAUUAAACUAUGGGAUUUCCAGGGCUUCGAGUGUAUCAGAACCAUGCAUGGUCACGAUCAUAAUGUUUCUUCAGUAGCCAUCAUGCCCAACGGGGAUCAUAUAGUCUCUGCCUCGAGGGAUAAAACCAUCAAAAUGUGGGAAGUUCAAACAGGCUACUGCGUGAAGACUUUCACGGGGCAUAGAGAAUGGGUCCGCAUGGUGCGGCCGAACCAGGAUGGCACGCUGAUUGCCAGUUGUUCUAAUGACCAGACAGUGCGUGUCUGGGUGGUAGCAACGAAGGAAUGCAAAGCUGAACUCAGAGAACACGAGCACGUGGUGGAGUGCAUCUCCUGGGCUCCUGAGACUUCUUAUUCCACCAUAUCGGAAGCUACGGGAUCAGAGACUAAGAAGAGUGGUAAGCCUGGCCCUUUCCUGCUUUCUGGAUCUAGAGACAAGACCAUUAAGAUGUGGGACAUUAGUACUGGCAUGUGCCUUAUGACACUUGUGGGCCAUGAUAACUGGGUACGUGGCGUCCUGUUCCAUUCUGGGGGGAAAUUUAUUUUGAGCUGUGCCGAUGACAAGACCUUGCGUGUCUGGGACUACAAGAACAAAAGAUGCAUGAAGACUCUCAAUGCGCACGAACACUUUGUUACCUCGUUGGAUUUCCACAAGACAGCACCCUACGUGGUUACUGGCAGCGUAGAUCAAACAGUAAAAGUGUGGGAGUGCCGUUGAUUGAAUUCACAUCUGACCCCCCCUUCCUUCCCCCUCCCCCCCCCUCUGGAUGCACUCGGAUACCAUGGUUACCCAUUGAGCUCUGUUUAAAAAUAAAUAUUGUCCUUUCAUGUAAAUUAUUCUGGAUGUAGAUUGAGCUUAUUAAAUGUUACACACAAAGUAUUCAUGCAUGGUGAAUCCAAAUUGUAUACUGUAAAUUUACAUACGUUGUCUAGAAGUACCAUAGGUUUAAGAACAUGGGCUGGCAUUGGUCACAUCAGACCUGAGAAGGCAGAAGUUGGUUGGUUGAAUUAGGGGCACUUAAACUGGUGACAGCAAAACCGUUCUGUGCUGGAUAAGUUGACCACCCCGUUCUCCUCUUGUCGGGUGGUGCCUAUAUCUAGUGGCUCUCAUGGGGGAUUUUUUGGGGGUGGGGGUGGGGGCGGGCUCUUUCAGAAACACUUAUCUCUGUAACAUCACUUAAGUGUGCUUAAGAAAUCUAAGGAUACUAGAUAAACAAAGCUGCAACUUAGAAUCUUAUGUAAUUAAUGGAAACUAAUUAAAACCUCUUUUUUCCUCUCAUGAUAUAUUUGCCAAAUCAAUAGGAUAUAUUUUUAUUUUGGCUUCCUAUCACGUUUAAAAAGAAAAAAAAAAGUUAGUGUUCUUAUACUAACGUGCUGCAAUAUAGGAAGAGAAACCUUGGUAUGAUGUGACGUGUAAUUUUUUUAAAAAAUUCUGGUCGUUGGCGUUCUAUUGCGUGCUAACACUUGGCGAUUAACCCUGACCAUGCAAAACAUGUCUUAGGGAGGCUGGCCGGCCUUGCUUGAACUUCGCUCCUGCCUGGGCAGUUAGACGUCAAUCUCCCAGUUGACUCCUGACAGUUCAGCAUUCCCUUUGUUGGCUUCAGUUGUGGUUUGUUAGGUGUGAGCAGUGUCAACAAUUAUCGGAAGGUGUGUCUCUCCCCCCCCCCCCCCAGUAGUCAGUGAAUGUGCAGUAAAUGGGGUAAUGUUGGGGUGAUCCCCCUUCUUUCCAGUUAGUGAAGCUGUUUUGAAAGCAGGACACGGAAUCAGAAGAGCACAGCCCAUGAUAUUCAAGAAAUCGCUGGGGUCAGGGAAAGAAAUGGGAGGGUGUUAAAUCCACCAGCUUGCUCUUGUUGAAUUCAAGCAAACCGCCUUGUCCAUUUCAUUGUGGAAUGUUUCCUUUGCAAUUUGAAGACCCCCAGUCCCCCCAAAAAACCCACAUGUUGAUCUUCUGAAGGAACAGAAACUGUGCAAACCCCAAUAAUUAGCAGUUUUGGUCAAAUUUCGUUGUAGCUAGUGAAUUCUAGUCCUUAACCAACUAGGGGCGUCUCAGAAAUCCACUUUAACAGUAUGUAACAAGCUAGUCUGGCAUAUUUUAAUACACAAAGGUUUUAUUUGCUCUGUGGCUUUUAAAUAACGGUCCCUUAAAAAAGUAAGAAGGGGAAAAAUAACUUGUUUGUAGAGUUUAAAUGCACAUCAAGAGAGAGGACUUAAUCACACGCUUUUGGUUCCCCCACAAGGAAGAAUUUUUGCAUUUGGUUUCUCACACCAGAGCUAGGAGACCAAAGGCAGCUAGUAACUUAGAGAUGAGGUGUAGGGGUUAUGCGAAGUCUGAUGUCUGGAUAAUCCUGUGGUUUUUCUUUUUCUUUUCUUUUUUCAUGGUCAGUAACAGUUUUCCACAAGUGAAUCUUACACAUUUGAGGUCUUAUCCUAGUUUUUAAGCUGGUUUUGACAGAACAUUCAUUGCUUCUUCUGCCUUGAGAAUUUCUGAAUCUGUAGUGGUGCGGUCGUAAGAAUGCCUGUUAGCAAUUGUAAAGUAAUUCUUGGCGAGAUGUAGCAAUUCUGGUUAUUUUUUUAAGGGUUAAAGUAAACUAUGUAUUUACGUAAUCAGUGAAACAAAGGUACCUUAUUAACACGGGAGCUUGACCACUGUGGGUUUUCCCCCUUCGAACUUCAAGCUGUGAUUUAGGACAGAAAUUCUUUUUCUAGCCUCUGAUUUAGCUUGAGAGAGGGAGAAACCUCCUUGCUUUGAAUAACUUUAAACUUGCAAGCUACAAAUUUAUUCAGCCAGCCUACAGUAAGAAUUCUCAGGGAUGGUCGUGGACUGAAUCAGCAGUUAUAGCCCUGGUUUUAAAAUUAAAUUUAAAAAAGCUGAGCGGGGAGAAGCUGGUGGUGCGAUUGUGGUGAGGACUCAUCCGUUGAAGUUGGUUGCUCCUUUUUAUGUUUUAUCUCUGGCUGUCUAUUCCUGUGCCUUUUUCUUUUUCUGUGAAGAGUCUUGAGUGCCGAGGUUUAUACUGGUUUGGAUUGUAAGAGGAAGUUUUAUCAGAAGGUGUUUUGGAGUUUGCCGCUGAGUGUCCUGUUGCGCAAAAAUGGGCAGGCUAGUUGUCAAGCACUACAUUCCCAAACGGACCAGUCCCACUGUCCAUUCUCUCAAAGCGAAGUUGCAGACAGACUCUCUCACGUACACAUUCCAGAACUGCAUGGAUCGAGGCGUGCCCAGGAAGAAUCCUAGAUGCAUCUUUCUAACCCCCCCCCCCCUUUCUUUCUUUCUUUCUUUCUUUUUGGAAAGUGCAAACUUCUCUUUUUGUGGUUUGGACACAAUCUGAAACCUGAUGUCACGAAGCAUCUUGCACUUUACAAUUUUUGUUUAAAAGCCGUCCUGCUUUUGUGUGUGGUGUGACCAAUGGUGUGCCCAGAGCACUAAUAAUAAUAAUAAAAAGAUUAA